UCAAAACACACAGACAUGGCGGCUGAUACAAGUAAACUGGAUACACCUAGCACGGAUGAUGAUAUGGUGGAAUUUUCGGAAGUUACAACUCUUUGUAAACGAUGGAUGAUUGACUUUCAUUUUGUCAGUAUGUGUCGUUACUUUAAGGAGGAUCAACUAGAGGAAUUUGAGAAAACGGUCAUUAAUUUGGACUCAAUACUUGGGAGUAUGCCUCUUAUUAACUUCGAUUUAUCCGAGAAGAGAAGCAUAGCGGGGUUCGUCACGAGGGUAAUGCACGGGAAGGAUUUGGACAUGCAUUAUGAUGGGGUUGAAGUGACACCUCUUAUUUCUGCCAUCAACAUUUGGAAACUACUCAAAGAAACGGUGGCAGACGACCGUCUUUUUGACGACAUUACCAAUCUCUUAUAUGUUCAGUCGGUGGCUGUGUGCUUGGAGACGGGUCAAUGCUCCAUGGCCUCCACUGUCCUCAAGUGGCUGUUGGAGGAAUGUAAAAUCUCACGGAAUUUGGGGAUCAAGCUGUCAUCCAUCAUAAAGAGGAAGGACACCUACCACGAGUACAUCCUCAACUUCAGCUUCGCUCACCUAUUGGAUGCCAUCCAGAACUUUCUGGAGGCCUACCUGAAACUGCACCCUUGUGACUUCCUCCUCAAGGCUGCCACCAAGGUUGUCACCAAGGUGGUUAAGGUAUGCGCUGACCAGCUGGAGGACUCAGGGCCUGAAGAGAGUGAAGCACAGUCAGAGUCAACCAGUGAAUCCACCCCAGUCACUCAGGAUAACAAAGAAACCCCGGUUAAGAGACCCAAAAAGAAACUGCUGUCAACUAAGAAUGAGCUACCGUGGAAACCUGAAUCUGGCAAGAAGCCCGUGGUUGUACUCAGGAGGAUCGGAAACGGAGAAGACGGAGAUCGGCUGCAGUCGGGAGCAGCUUCGCCAGCCCACCCUGCGUUGAAGAGCAGAGGCAAGCGGAAGUGGACAGCGUUGCAGGAUCAGAAGAUUAUUCAGGGCGUGAACCGCUACGGCGAGGGAAAGUGGUCUCAAAUCCUGCUUUUCUACAACUUUGGGAGUCGCACCGGUGUCAUGCUCAAAGACCGCUGGAGGAUUCUGAAGAAGCAGAAAAGGGAUUAAAGAUGCUCUCUGAUUGUACCUGAGCUGCCCUAAAUGAAUUACAUUUGGGGCAACUUUUUAUGCUUGAGGACGUGAACCCAUGUCUUGAUAGUACGUUUGACUUUACAAUAUGUUUUAGCAUGAAAUGCAUCGCUUUUUAAUGUGUUCAACAUACAAAACUCAAUGGCUCAUGUCUCUGUUGUAGGAUGCAGCUUUGACCACCUGCUGUUCAAUUUUUCCUUCAUAGUUAUGCAUCAUAGGAGCUUGAACAGAUACUGCUUGAAUGUUCUACUCUAAUGUGUGUAAGGGCUCCACAAGUAUGGUGGCAUGUUUUGAGUAGGUCAUGUUUAGCUACUACCAGCAGAGGGCGAAAAACGUCCAAUGCUUAUCUAACUAGAU